CGCGGCUGCGGGCGCUGAAAUUCAAAUUCGAACGGCCGGCGGAGGCCCAGUCUGACUCUGGAGACUGAGGGAACCGGAGAGGAGGUUGGGGGAGCACUGCCGCCCCGGGCUCCUUUUCUCCGGGUGACACACUAAACCGGGACUCACUUCUUUUCUUUUUUUGAAUUUGAACCACCGUUUCCGCCAUCUCGCAAUCGACACAAGAAGCUUGGGGCGAUGGACCCUUUUACGGAGAAACUGCUUGAACGAACCCGUGCCAGGCGAGAGAAUCUUCAGAGAAAAAUGGCUGAGAGGCCCACAGCAGCAGCGUGGUCUGGGACUCACAUUAAGCGAGCCAGAGAGCCACUAUCUGAAGCAAGUAACCAGCAACCCCUCCCUGGUGGUGAAGAGAAAUCUUGUACAAAGCCAUCACCAUCAAAAAAGCGCUGUUCUGACAACACUGAAGUAGAAGUUUCUAACUUGGAAAAUAAACAACCUGUUGAAUCAGCUUCUGCAAAAUCCUCUUCUCCCAGUCAGGGGCAGCCACAAGCACCAUUAGCUCCUAGUAGUGAUCCAGCAUCACAGCUGGGUGGGAAGAGAGGUCUGAACUCAACACAGGAAACAACUAAAACCUCCUCAGUUAAAACUCGAAUGCAAAAACUGGCAGAGCAACGGCGCCAUUGGGAUAAUAAUGACAUGACAGAUGAUAUACCAGAAGACUCACUCAACUCACCAAUACCAUCAGAGGAAAAGGCUUCCUCCCCUCCUAAACCACCCCUCUCUGAGGCCUCAGCAACUCCAGUUGGGAGAAGAGGCCGUCUGGCCAACCUUGCUGCUACUAUUUGCUCCUGGGAAGAUGAUGUAAAUUACUCAUCUGCAAAGCAGAACAGUGUACAAGAACAGCCUGGUACCACUUGUUUGUCCAAAUUUUCCUCUGCAAGUGUAGCAUCUGCUAGGAUCAAUAGCAGCAGUGUUAAGCAGGAAGCUACAUACUGUUCCCAAAGGGAUGGUGAUGCUUCUUUGAAUAAAGCCCCAUCCUCUAGUGUUGUGGGAGCAGCUUUGACUAAUGUAAUUUCCAGCUCUGCGAAAACGACUUCCCCAGUGAAAUCUUUUAUCCCAUCCAUUACCAGUGCUAAAAUAUGUGAUGUACAAAAUCCUGAGCUACUUCAAAAAACUCCUGUGAGUUCUCUGAAAACAGAGAUAUCGAAACCAGUUGAGAAGUCAGCUGUGUCCCAGAGAGUUCAGCCCAAAAAAGAAUUAGAUAGAGCAAUCUGUCUGCAGUCUCAACCUAAGGACAAAUCUACAGCAUCAGGAGGAGCAGGAAUUAAGCCUUUCCUGGAACGCUUUGGAGAGCGUUGUCAAGAACAUAACAAAGAAAGCCCAGCUCGUAGCACACCCCAUAAAACCCCCAUUAUCACUCCAAAUACAAAGGCCAUCCAAGAAAGAUUAUUCAAGCAAAAUGCAUCUUCGUCUACUACCCAUUUAGCACAACAGCUUAAGCAGGAACGUGAAAAAGAACUAGCAUGUCUUCGUGGCCGAUUUGAUAAAGGCAACUUAUGGAGUACAGAAAAAGGUGAAUGUUCAAGAAGCAAACAGCCAGAAACCAAACAGGAAAUUCACUGUCAGAACACUCCCCUCAAAAAACAAGUUGUUUCAAAUACCCAAUCACUUGCCAAAACAGAAAAAGUGACAGGAAGUCCAACACCUACAAAACCUUCUACUACAGAGCCUACAGGUCUCACUGAAUGUGAAAUGACCAAGUCUAGCCCUUUGAAAAUAACAUUGUUUUUAGAAGAGAAGAAGUCCUUAAAUGUAACUUCAGACCCAAAGGUUGAGCAGCAGACUGAAGUGGUACGUGAAAUUGAGAUGAGUGUGGAUGAUGAUGAUGAUAUCAAUAGUUCCAAAGUAAUCAAUGACAUCUUCAGUGAUGUACUAGAGGAAGGUGAACUGGAUGUGGAAAAGAGCCAAGGGGAGAUGGAUCAAGCAGAAGCAGAAAGCAAUGAGGAACAGGAAGAUGGACUGAAUAUCUCCUCAAUGUCUCUGCUUGCUCCAUUAGCACAGACAGUUGGUGUGGUAAGUCCAGAGAGUUUUAUUUCCUCUCCUCGAAUGGAAUUGAAAGACACCAGCAUAAGUGAUGAAAGUCCAAAGCCAGGAAAAUUCCAAAGAACCCGUGUCCCUCGAGCUGAGUCUGGUGACAGCAUCAGUUCAGAAGAUCCUGAUCUUCUUUAUAGCAUUGAUGCAUAUAGAUCUCAACGAUUCAAAGAAACAGAACGUCCUUCAAUAAAGCAGGUGAUCAUUCGGAAGGAAGAUAUUACAUCAAAAUUGGAUGAAAACAGGGGUGCCUUUUCUACUCAAGUUAAUAUCAAACAGAAAAUGCAGGAACUCAAUAAUGAAAUAAAUUUGCAGCAGACAGUGAUCUAUCAGGCUAGCCAAGCUCUUAACUGCUGCAUUGAUGAGGAGCAUGGGAAAGGGUCACUAGAAGAAGCUGAAGCGGAAAGACUUCUUCUAAUUGCAACUGAGAAAAGAACACUUUUGAUUGAUGAAUUAAAUAAAUUGAAGAAUGAAGGGCCUCAGAGGAAGAAUAAAAUCAGUCCUAUAUCUCAGAGUGAAUUUGCCCCAUCUAAAGGAUCAGUGACUUUGUCAGAAAUCCGCUUGCCUCUAAAAGCAGAUUUUGUCUGCAGUACAGUUCAGAAACCAGAUGCAGCAAAUUACUAUUUCUUAAUUAUACUAAAAGCAGGAGCUGAAAAUAUGGUAGCCACACCUUUAGCAAGUACUUCAAACUCUCUUAAUGGUGAUGCUUUGACAUUCAGUACUACAUUUACUAUGCAAGAUGUGUCCAAUGACUUUGAAAUAAAUAUUGAAGUUUACAGCUUGGUACAAAAGAAAGAUUCCUCAGGUCCUGAUAAGAAGAAAAAAGCAUACAAAUCCAAGGCUAUUACUCCAAAACGACUUCUCACAUCUAUAACUACAAAAAGCAACCUUCAUUCUUCAGUUAUGGCCAGUCCAGGUGGUCUCAAUGCUGUGCGUACCAGCAAUUUCACCCUUGUUGGAUCUUAUGUGCUGUCGUUAUCUUCAGUAGGAAACACUAAGUUUGCACUGGACAAGAUAAAUUAUGAUGUAAAAGAGCGAGAGCUACUGGGCUAUAUGUUCCAGGAAAAGGUGCCCUUUCUAUCUCCUUUGGAAGGUCAUAUUUAUUUAAAAAUUAAGUGUCAAGUGAAUUCAAGUGUUGAAGAAAGAGGUUUUCUAACCAUAUUUGAAGAUGUUAGUGGCUUUGGUGCCUGGCAUCGAAGAUGGUGUGUUCUUUCUGGAAACUGUAUCUCUUAUUGGACUUAUCCAGAUGAUGAAAAACGAAAGAAUCCCAUAGGAAGGAUCAAUCUUGCCAAUUGUAUCAGUCGUCAGAUAGACCCAGCUAACAGAGAAUUUUGUGCAAGACGCAACACUUUUGAAUUAAUCACUGUCCGACCACAAAGAGAAGAUGAUCGAGAAACACUUGUUAGCCAGUGCAAGGACACACUGUGUGUCACUAAGAACUGGCUGUCUGCAGAUACCAAGGAAGAACGGGAUCUCUGGAUGCAAAAACUCAAUCAAGUUCUUGUUGAUAUUCGACUCUGGCAACCUGAUGCUUGCUACAAACCUAUUGGAAAGCCUUAAACUGUGGGGAGUUUUUAUGUCAUAUAGAAGUUUAUUGAGCUAUGUUAUAAAUUCAUCUUAAGAGCAUCAGAUUUGCUGAUUGCAUUUUAUGCUUACAAAAGGGUAUGUGCCAAUAUUCACUACACAGUGCAGUAUUUAUAUCUUGUAUGUAAAACCACCUGGUUUCUCCUCUGUCAUUUAUUAUGUCUGGAAGAAAAUUCAUUGCAGUCAACUUUGCUAGAUCUUAAUUUAUAGGCCUCAUCUUCCUAGAUAUCAUAUUACUCAGUUAUUCAUGAUAAGAUUUUUUUUUUUUAAGGUAAGAAAUUUUGAGUUGUCUUCUUGGAGCUGUGGAUCUUAAAGUAGAAAGGUCUUCCAGAGGUUCCAUACACAGCCUCUGACUUCUUGUUGCUUUCUCUAGCCUCAGUUCUUUUUCUAAGGGUUGUGGUCACUUGUUGAUCAUGAGAUCUUGUUACUAGAGUACUGAAAAAAAUUUCUAGGUGAUUUCACAGAAACAUUCUAGUAAUGGAGGUAAGAACUUUUGCAAAUAGCAAAUGUGCAUUAAAGCUUGAGGCUCCCUGAAAACAACAAAUGUGGACGUGGAUGAUAUUGUAUGAGAUCUGAAGGUUUUAUUUAGAAGAGAUAAUAAUCAUAUGGCUUACAUUUACUUAGUUACUACAGAUGCAGUGUGGUGCACAUUUUCAUAGAACGCAGGGUUUUAAAAAUAAUUAUUUUUGCUAUAUAACUUACACAGACUCCUCAACUCUAUGGGCAUGUUAGUUCUUUCUACUCCUCUAACAAGAACAAAUGUAAAUUGAAGAAUCUUUAUAUAAUAAAGGUAAACUUUACCAAGCUGCUAUGUACUAAUACUUUGCAUGCCAAAGUUCCUGUUUUGUUUUGUUUUUUAAUGUCCAUAUAUCACAGUGUCUAGAAACCCAUUAUGAAAUCAUUUGAAAAACUGUUAAGUCAUGUAUUUCCUUUAAAAAGCCUAAUGUCUUUUUUUAUUAUAAAGUAUGGUAAGGAAUGGUCUCAAUUUUUAAAUACAGUUUGAAUUUCUUCUCUGAAUUGUUAGUAAUUGAUGGUCUCAUUUAUAAACACUAAAUUCUGUCACUUCCUGUCUUCUUUUUCCAUUCAAAUGUGUUUUUUCUUAUGUGUAUUGUAAAAAUGUAUUUUAUGAUCUCUUACCUGAAUAAAUACUUGCA